CAAAAUGUUGACAAAAGAGAGCCUCUCCUUUACAUAUUCUUUAAUGGCAUUGAGAGCAACGACUCAUUCUCUAUAAACUGCCAAACACAUUGUCCCUACGCUCUUGAUAUCUACGUUCACAGCUCCCUCACAGCAUUGUACUCUUCUAACAGCAGAAGAUAUCUGCAGACAUGGAAGAAGGAAAUAUGCCGGCUCAUGAAGAGCAGCCCUGGUGCCAUGGUUGGCCAGAGAUAUCACCGGAGAUUGUCGAGAUUCGAGAGGACAGCAAGAGUGAGAUCAUGAGUAGCACCAGAGAUGGAGGCGCAAACGACGUCUAUGUCGCUGUUGGCAAAGAUGACUUGGAUGUGCUGAAAUGGGCUCUUGAUCAUGUCGUCGUCUCUCCUGGAGCUCGCGUUUUCCUUGUCCAUGUCUUCCCUCCCAUUACCUACAUCCCUACUCCUGUUGGAAGGCUAUCAAGAAGCCAGUUGAGUCAAGAACAGGUUCGAGUUUAUAUCAACGAAGAAAACAACAGGAGAAGAAACCUCUUGACGAAGUACAUCAGAUUAUGUACUGAUGCCAAGGUGACAGUGGACACAAUGCUUCUAGAGGGUAACAAUGUUGCCAAAGCAAUUCUUGAUCUUAUUCCGGUCCUUAACAUCACAAAUCUUGUCAUGGGGACCAAACGCCCGCCUUCCUCAAGGUUGCCCAAGAAGGGGUUGAGGAAGGGAGAAUUUGUUCAGAAGAAUGCACCGGAAUUUUGUGAGGUUAGCCUAAUACACAAUGGCAAGAACAUUAUGGACCGCCAACACUUUACAGAAAUCACUCAACAAUCUGAGAGAAAUUUCUUCGACUGUUUGUGCUUUUCGGGGAAGUUCAAUUAGCAUUGGAUUUGCAUACCAUGGCAGAUGUAGAAGGUUCAGUUCGGAAUGAUUAUACAAUUUGCAGAAGCAAGAAACAGUUAGAAGCGCGCGCAAUGGAGCAAAAUGUCACAAUGAUUAGCAAUGUUAUUCAGUCAAAAUUACAAAAGUACUAACAUUGAAAGUAAGAAUGUAUCCAAGGGAAAAAGAUAUAAAGACUUUGUAUGCUAAAUGCUCUGAAGCUUCAAGAGAAUUAAGAUAAAAAUAUGCUUCAAGAGCCAAGUAUAUGGAUUUAUUUCAUCUGUACUAGAUUUUUUUUUUACAAUUGCUUGUUUUCUUUGUGCUUA